GUAUUUUCCAGAUUCUCGAAGGGCAGGGCGCAGGGCGGCUGGCCCCCGCAACGAGAGACUCCAGUCGGCUACUUCCCUAGCUGAACCCACCCGGCUGCCGCUAGCGAUCGAUGCCUUCAGAUGAGAUUUAACACUCCGCCGUGCAUAUAGUUGCUUUGACGCUGAUUCGCCGUUGGUCGUCCAAAGAUUACAACCUGACAAAAUGACAGAUUCCACGGUGGCCGACACUCGCCGGUUGAAUUCCAAGCCCCAGGACCUGACGGAUGCGUACGGCCCCCCCAGCAAUUUUCUGGAAAUAGACGUUUUCGACCCACAGAUCGUUGGAGUCGGACGGACCCGAUACACAACCUACGAAGUUCGCAUGCGGACAAACCUUCCCAUUUUCAAACUGAAGGACUCGUGCGUGAGAAGAAGAUACAGCGACUUUGAGUGGUUAAAGAUUGAGCUGGAAAGAGACAGUAAGAUUGUAGUACCACCUCUGCCGGGCAAAGCCCUGAAGAGACAGUUGCCGUUCCGUGGAGACGAGGGCCUUUUUGACCCAAGCUUCAUUGAUGAGCGGCGAUCUGGCCUGGAGCAGUUCAUUAACAGAAUUGCAGGUCACCCCUUGGCCCAGAACGAGCGCUGUCUUCACAUGUUCCUGCAAGAUGAAGGCAUUGACCGUAACUACAUUCCUGGAAAAGUACGGCACUAGGGUUUAAUUGGGGAUAUGAGCAUGUGGGGGUUAAACUCUUGGUCGUAAAACGGACUGACUUGCCUUUCUCUUCCCCCACAACCUAUCUUAAUCUCUCUCUCUUUAUGCUUUAUCUGCCCCUCUUUUUCUCUCUUUCUCAGUGUAUACCAAUGUAAAGCUGUUUUCCCCUUUUAUCCUUGGAGUAUGUUCUUCUGCUAUACAUCAGGGCAUCAAUCAAAUUUUAUAUGUAUAGCCCAUUCCCACAAAUCGCAAUUUGUGGGAAUGGGUUUAAACAAGGUGUGACAUCCUCUGUUCCUAACCCUCAACAAGGGUAAUGCAAAACUAUAAAAAAAAAAACAGUUUAACAGAGUAAAAAGACCGUAGAAGCCUCAGAGAUCAACAUGUGAGGCAUCCCUCUACCAGGACAGACAGAAGUGCAAUAGAUGCCACGUGUAAUAUUGCUAAUGUUUCAGAGAACUCUGUGACUCCUCUCUACCCUUGUGCAUUUGUUUUAUAAUUGUACAAUAAGGGAAGCAUCCCUCCAUGGCUGUGAUAUGUAUGGGAUGAAUAUUUGGCUCUUAAUCGCAAUUUUCAGGAAUGGGAAAAUAAUGUGUGAUACAUUUCAAUCUUUCCUUGAUGAUUGACAUAUUCAUAAUUUGAAUAUAAUGUGAAUAAAGUAGAAUUAUGUCUAAAUGUGUGUGUUGGCACAAAUGUGAACAAUGACGCACGUAGAAUGUUAAGUAGAUUCUGAUGAUGUUUUGCUCUCUUUGUUUUUCUGUUUUUAGGUAUGAAUAAAACUGCUGCACCUGCCCCGUGUACAUUUAUUUCUACAUCACGUCAUUGUAAAGCCGCUGGAAAUGUCAGAACUGAGGAGUGUCAACGGCAUCGGAAAAACACAACUAUUGCUCAAAACUUUAUUGAAAUCCAUUGUAUUAAACAUUUGAUGUCAUGUCUUUAUUCAGCCAUUCCACAUAUUAUAUGUACAUUAUUUUUGAUUCAGUAAUCAGAGAAAAUUAAGACAUGUUCCAUUUUAUCAUAGCUAGAUUUUUCUUUUUUUACAAUGAUGGUUAUGUUUUCUGAAUGUCUUUUUCUUUUUUUUAAUUGAGUCAAUCAAGUUUUAAAAAGAGUUUAAUUUCCUGCUUCAAUUUGGGAUCCUCGGUGCGAGCACAUAUGAGAUUUUGAUGGAAACCUCCCAAAGUCGAGCAACAUGUAGCAUGUUGGGAAUAAAGACAGAGACGUGUCAUUCCAGUCAGUGUAUUUUCUCCUGAGGUUUAUUUUCUGGAAACACUCUUAAAUCAGGAUUCUUUUACAACUAACUGUUUUUAACUCUGCUGUCUGAGUUACAUCAUCCUGCUGUGUUGUCCAGUCAGCUAUUGGGAAUGUUAAUUUAGGUAAAAUAACAAUAUCUAAGCACUGUGACAAGAGGUUCAUUAUAUGAACAAUAUUUCAUUGCUCCAAAGGCGUAAUCAGCAUCUGGUUCAUUGAUCCACAAUAAGGAUAGUUCUGUGCUUAGUUUUCCAGUUUUGUUUUUCUUUCUGUCAAUAUUAUUGUGAAGUGUAUUAAUACAUGUUGCCAUUGCAGUUCCGCUCUGGGUGACUGGGAACUUCCUUGUUACUCUUGUCCUCCCAAUUAAAUUUCCUGCUGCCUGCUG